UCUUCACUCGUCGCUCCUUGAAUCUCUUCAAAACCCUAUUUCGAGAAGAGAAAAGACAGAGCAAAACCUUAUCCUCGUUCAGCACAACCACAACCACAACCACAACAAUGGCUGCCUCUGCCUCGUCUCUUCAGCUUAUCCCUCAAACCCUCUCUCUGUACCGUCACUCAUCCACGGCUUAUUCUUUCCCAAACUUUACUCCCUCUUCUCUUAAACCUCUUCCAAAACUUACCAUAUCGAUUUCCUCUAGAAAUUGUAAUGGUGAGACCACUUCUAAAUUUACGAGAAAAGUUGCUGUAUCUUCUGCGUUGGACGAGUUGGAAGAAGAAGCGGGAGAAGAGAAUGAGGGCUUUGAUUUUUCUAGCCCAGAGGACCCCAGCUUUUCGCCUGACCUUAAGCUUUUCGUGGGAAACUUGCCUUUCAAUGUUGACAGUGCUGCUCUUGCAGGCUUGUUUGAACAAGCCGGAAAUGUUGAGAUGGUUGAGGUUAUCUAUGACAAGCUUACAGGGAGAAGUAGAGGGUUUGGUUUCGUUACAAUGUCAACCGCAGAGGAAGCUGCAAGUGCUGCUCAACAAUUCAAUGGAUAUGAAUUUGAGGGCAGACAACUGAGAGUGAAUAAUGGACCACCACCUCCUAAGAGGGAAAAUUCUUCAUUCGGAGGACCCAGGGGAGGAUCAGGAACAAGUUCCGAUAGUGGCAACAGAGUUUAUGUGGGGAACCUUGCAUGGGGAGUUGACAAUCUUGCUCUUGAAACCUUGUUCAGUGAGCAAGGAAAGGUUAUGGAGGCCAAGGUGGUUUAUGACAGAGAGAGUGGUAGAUCAAGGGGUUUUGGGUUCGUGACUUACAGUUCUGCUGAUGAGGUCUACAAUGCUGUUGAAUCGUUGAAUGGCAUGGUACAUUUAUUCUUGAGGCGAUAUUACUUGCACCUUUAUUUACAUAUGACCUUGAUGGAAGGUCAAUUCGAGUUAGCCCUGCUGAGGCUCGUCCAAGGCGUCAGUUUUAAUUGCUGAAAUUUUCAUGAAUGGAUAAAAGCUCAGGUUUUUUCUUUCCUAUAUAUUUCUGUUAUCAGAGGUAUAUGCGUGACGUGUGAACCUGGAACUGAAGCCAAUUUUGAUUGGAAGAACUUUAUACAUGGACUCAAGUUGCAACUUUGGAUCCGACACACGUCUAUACUAACCAGACAGAUAGUGUAUUGAGAUCACAAUGCAUGUUCUGAAUGUCCUCUGGGAAAUAUACCAAUUUGUAAUCCUGGCUGUUACUUUUGGCGGAGUACGCUAUCUUUUGACCAUUUGGCUUUCAGCUGUAUGUCAUAUGAAAAAUUUUAUGAUAAUAAAAUGAUUAUGCAGGUUUUUGUUUUAA